GCACUCUUCUUCCUCAAUUAAACGUGAUACCAGCCCAUCAGUAUCGCAGCCUUCCAAAAAUUUCAGAAACUUUUUCAACUCCAACCGCGAUCGUCUCCCACAACCGCACACCUCACGUUCCCCGAACCUGGAGAAAUCACCGCACCACCGGAGCACACCACACGGCGCACAGAUCGUCACCAGCGCCCCCACACGCAGCACUACAGAUGGCAUUACAAGAAAAAUUAGAUAAAUUCAAGAAGCAGCAGGAGAAGUGCCAGUCAACCCUCACAAGCAUUGCAGCGUCUAGCAAUGCCACAACUCAAAAAUCCAAACCCGCAGCUAGACCACUGCCAGCUACUGCAAGAACCCCUGCUCCUGCUGUCAAAUUUUCGAAUGAUACAGAGAGACUUCAACACAUCAACAGCAUUCGGAAAGCCCCCGUAGGAGCUCAGAUCAAGCGUGUUGUAGAUCUGCUGUUGCAGACAAGGCAAGCCUUUACACCGGAGCAAAUAAAUGAAGCAUGUUAUGUUGAUGUGAAUGCCAACAAAGCUGUCUUUGACAGUUUGAGAAAUAACCCGAAAGUGCACUAUGAUGGGAAGCAUUUCUCUUAUAAGUCCAAGCAUGAUCUGAAGGACACGAAUCAGCUUCUUUACUUGAUAAGGAAAAAACCAGAGGGCAUUGCUGUCAUUGAUCUUAAGGAUGCGUAUCCAACUGUGAUGGAAGACUUGCAGGCUUUGAAAGCUUCGGGUGAGAUUGUGCUUUUAUCAAACUUCGAUUCACAAGAAGACGUUGCCUACCCAAAUGACCCCAGGGUGCCCAUUAAGGUGGAUGAUGAACUUAAACAGCUGUUUCGGGGUAUUGAAUUGCCAAGUGAUAUGCUUGACAUUGAGAGGGAUCUCCUGAAGAAUGGGAUGAAGCCUGCUACCAACACUGCUCAGAGGAGGGCCAGGUCAGAGGUUCAAGUCAUGUCCUCCAAGCCUAAAGGAAAGAAGAAGAAGCACGAGAUCACCAAGAGGACAAAGCUGACCAAUGCCCAUCUUCCAGAGCUUUUCCAGAAGCUAAGCAACUAAUUCUGGAAGUUCGGAUGAGUGAUUGGUGAACCAUGCACACUGAGAACUUAGUGCAUACGUUUUUGUUGUUUUUGUUUUUCUCCAAAAAAAAAAAAUUAUAGAAGAAUUUAAAAUCCAUUCUAUUGUAUUGAAUGGUUGAGGGCUGUUAAGACACUUGAUGAUAUCCCUGAGACUUGCAAUAAAAAAAAGGACUAAAACACUUUUGUGUUGGAAUUCUCUCACUUCGAUUCUGUGAAGAGAGAUAUGAGGUUGUAUUUAUAAUAUUAUGCUAUGACUGUACAUAUUACAAAUGAAUUUUGAAUAUUUGAUUUUCAAAAGAGAACUAUGUAACAGACUUGGCAUCUUCAUACUCAUCUCCAGUCUUGCGUCUGAUAUUUGAAUUGCUGUUAUUUGAACGUGGUCCGUCUUAGGAAUAUCAUCAAGUGUCUUAAUAGGCCCCUCAAGCUAAGCAGAGUAAUUCUAGAUGUUAUAUUUAUGUAUUUCUUGUGUCCUUUUAAUAAUGAUAUGACUUUUAAAAUUAUUAUUAAA